AUGGCUGAUCACAAAAUAUAUCUACAGAAUUAUGACAUCACAAUGGAUUGUAUGAAUAUCUCAUCUAGAAAUAUUAUCUAUAAAUACCUUUUAGAAAGAGGAGUUGAAAAGAAAGAUGUUGUAGAUGAUUUACGCAAGUCUGGCUCUAACUGUAUUAGCUGGUUUACAAAGAAAGGAGAUGUUAAAGUUAAGAACAAAAUUUACAACAAGUUUAUUCAGCUUCUUGAGAGUGGUGAAGUUCGUAAUCCUCUUAGUUCAAAACUUUCUGAAUUUAUAAUGCCGACUUUGCACAACUUUGGAGAAACAUUGUAUGCUUGUAGAAACUCUGGUUUGACUAGGAUAGAACUAACUGUACAUUCUUCUCAGAUGCAAACAUUUGAAUGGAAUAGCAGCUUGCUUCUUAACACAGUUCAGUUUAUGAAUGAAUGCAGAACAUUUGCAACUUCUUAUGAAAAGCAGUGGAUGGCACUUGUUGAUAAACAUACUCUAGCAUAUUGUCAUUGGUUUAACUCUAUCACAUCAAAGAAGCAAGGAAUUAUUAAGAAGCUAACUAAGAAUGAAGAUCCAAUGGUAGUUGUUGCUAAUCUCUCAUUCAACAAUAGACCUACACUUUAUCAAAUAUAUAAUUCACUUGAGAGUGGUCUUGAAACAGAAAAAGUUCUUAGAAGAGUUGAUGAGAAUAUAACUAUUGUUCCAAGUCAGAGAAACUCCUUCUGGUCAACUUAUCCUACAACUAAGCAGUAUCACACUUUUGAAGAGAUGGGAUUAGUUAACUAUAAAGGAAUGCAUAUUGGUUGGAUAGAUAGUAAGCAAGCAAAGAGUAAGAUAUGUUUAUCAGAAAUGUCAGAGGUUGAUUAUUCUGCAAAAGAGGAAAACAUCAAUGCAUUAACAACAGCAAUAGACAAUAUCACACUUGAUGAAACUAGACAUAUAUUUAUCAAAGAGAAUACAGAUCUGAAACCUUCCUUUUAG